UUUGUUUAACCUCGUGGUGGAUCGAGACGUUCAAUUUUACGGAAUUUAUUGUUCUUCUCAUAUUCUUGAUUCGAGGAUAUAUUUUCGAAGUGUGUAACUUAACCAACUGCCGAUAAUUACAAUGGGGAAACUCAACAAAAAGCUAACGUUAUCAAAAGGAGCCCUCAAAACAUCAACAGAUACCGAAACAAAGUCAGUGUCUGGACCGUUUCCCAUAUAUCGUUCCAAUCCGGUGCAAUUGAAUGGACCUGAACCGAAGAGUUUUAAAAUUCCUCCUAAAGCAUCGAAAAUAGUUAAGCCAAAUUUACAUCCUGCUGAAACGAAAACCGUGAUAAACGAUAAGGAAGACAAAACACCAAUCAAAUCGAAGAAGAUCCGUAAAGUGGCCAUCACCCGAAUGAACAAGAAAGACAAAAAGAAAUUUCGUAAAGAAGAGGUUUUGAAAAAGAUCGAGCUCACACAGAAAGCUUUUAAAGACGAUAAAGAUCGGAAGAAGCGUGAGAAAACAGCUGUGACCGGUGAUAUGAGGCCUCUACUUGAUGCCUUACCGUCAUUAGACUCGUUGUUCAAACUGAAACCUGCUGAUACUCUUAAGACAGGAGUUCCAAAGUAUGAUAAGAAAGCAGUACCCAAAACAAAACAGCAGCUUAAAGCAGCAAAACAUAAGGAAAACAAGCGAGAGUUCCUGAACCGAUGCCAGAAGGUCAAUCAGGUGCUGAAGUCGAGAAAGUUCAAGAAGGAUCCAAAGAAAAUGAUAGCGGAACAUAUCAGAAAUUCAAGGAAAGAACAGAUACAGCUCUUGUUGGGCAGCUGAAGUCAUUCAAUCAACUUAAAUGAGCACAGCUUUUGAAAAUAACCAACUUUAUGUCGCUAUAAUUAGUUUAAGAAUUAUCUUAGAUCGAAUAUAUAUAUUUUGUAAUAAUAACAGUAAAUAAUAAUAUUAUAAAGUAUAUAAACUAAUAAAGAGUAAAAUAUACUUAUAUACAAUCCAAAA